AUGCAUCCACAAAAUGGUCAUGAUAAAUUUGAAGAUGCUUUCAAUAUAGCUUCUUAUUGUUUUGUUUCAAAUAAUAAAGUUCAUUUCAUCCCCAUAGAUAAGCAAAAAUUACUACAGUAUUCCAAAGCACCUAUAACUCCUCCUUCAUCAUCAGAUAAUACAAAUUUCUUACCUGAUAAAUUAUAUUUAAAGAAUAAAAAUUUGUUAUAUGAACUUAACAAUCCAUCCGCAUCAGAAAUGGAUAAUGAUAAUUCAUCAGAUGAAGAUUCAGAUUUUGAACAACCUGAUGGUACAGCAGCUAUAUAUUUUAAAACAUUAAUUAUUAAUUUACAAGAUGAAAUAAUCAAUGACUUUACUGGUUUAAAGAAUUUGUUAUGUUUAAUAUUUAAAAGUUGGGAAUAUAAUCAAAUACAAUUGACUCAAUUAACUGGUGGUAUUACAAAUAUGUUAUUAUCAUGUAAACAUGAAUCAGAAAUUGUUUUGAUAAGGUGCUAUGGACAUGGAACAAAUUUAAUAAUUGAUAGAAAUCGAGAAUUUAUAUCUCAUUUGAUUUUAAAUUCAAUAAAUUUAGCCCCUCCGAUAUAUUCAAGAUUUAAAAAUGGAUUAAUAUAUGGUUUUUUGUCUGGUAAAUCAUUAAAACCAGAACAAUUAUUUGAUGAGAGUGUUUACCCAUUAAUUGCACAACUAUUAGGUCAAUGGCAUAAAAAUUUAAAUUAUAAAUUGAUUGAAGAAGGUAUCGAAAAAAUUAGAAGCUUAAAAUUCCGUGGAUUAAGAAGAAAUUCAUCAUUUUCGAAGAAAAAAUCAAAGAAGAAGACAUUUAUAAGUAAUGUUUGGGAAUUAUUAGAUGAUUGGAUUAAUAUAGUUCCAGUUAAUCAAGAUUUAAUAUCAUCAUUUAAUACAAAUUUAGAAGUAGAAGUUAGAGAAGAAAAUUUAAAAGAAGUAAUCAAAGAUGAAUUUGAUUGGUUAAAAUCAGAAUUAUCAAAAAUCAAUUCUCCAGUAGUUGCAUGUCAUUGUGAUUUAUUAAGUGGGAAUAUAAUUAUACCAGAUGAUUUUGAGUUCAAAGAGUUAGAUAAAUUACCAGAAAUAAACCCGAUAAAAUUUAUUGAUUAUGAAUAUAUGUUACCUGCACCAAGAGCAUUUGAUAUUGCAAAUCAUUUAAUGGAAUGGCAAGGAUUUGAUUGUAAUAAGGAUAAUAUACCGAAACCGACAAAAAGUAACCCAGUAUUAGCAAAGUGGGUAGAAUCAUACCUUAACGGCGAUUCAGAGUCAGUAGACGAUUUAAUUGAUGAAAUUGCUACAUUUUAUGGAUUACCUGGUUUUUAUUGGGGUAUUUGGGCAAUGAUUCAAUCUGAAUUAUCAAAUAUUGAUUUUAAUUAUUCAAAUUAUGGUAAAUUAAGAUUAGAAGAAUAUUGGGAAUGGAAAAAGCAUUAUCUUAAAUAA